AUGCAGUCUGCUGGCCUCCUCGGCCACGGUCCUGCUGGCCUCAAGCGCUCGUACGGUCCUGCUGCCCUCAAGCGCUCGUACGGUCCUGCUGGCCUCAAGUGCUCGUAUGGUCCUGCUGGCCUCAAGCGCUCGCACGGUCUUGCUCGCCUCAAGUGCUCGUAUGGUCCUGCUGGCCUCAAGCGCUCGCACGGUCCUGCUGGCCUCAAGCGCUCGCACAAUCAAUCUACCCGAUGGGUCCCCGGUUCCCAGUCAACAAGGUCCCCGGUUCCCAGUCAACAAGGUCCCCGGUUCCCAGUCAACAAGGUCCCCGGUUCCCAGUCAAUAAGGUCCCCGAUUCCCAGUCAACAAUUUCCUCGGUUCCCCAGUCAACAAGGUCCCCGGUUCCCAGUCAACAAGGUCCCCGGUUCCCCAGUCAACAAGGUCCCCGGUUCCCCAAUCAACAAGGUCCCCGGUUCCCCAGUCAACAAGGUCCCCGGUUCCCCAAUCAACAAGGUCCCCGGUUCCCCAGUCAACAAGGUCCCCGUUUCCCCAGUCAAAAGUCUCCGGUUCCCCAGUCAACAAGGUCCCCGGUUCCCCGUCAACAAAGUCCCCGGUUCCCAGUCAACAAGGUUCCCGGUUCCCCAGUCAACAAGUCAACAAGGUCCCCGGUUCCCCAGUCAACAAGGUCUCCGGUUCCCAGUCAAUUGGGUCCCCGAUUCCCCAAUCAACAAGGUCCCCGGUUCCCGGUCAAUAAGGUCCCGGUUCCCCAGUCAACAAAUUCCCCGGUUCCCAGUCAACAAGGUCCCCGGAUCCCAGUCAAUAAGGUCCCUUGUUCCCAGUCAACAAGGUCCCCGUUUCCCAGUCAACAAGGUCCCCGGUUUCCAAUCAACAAGGACCCCGGUUCCCAGUCAACAAGGUCCCUUGUUCCCUCAACAAGGUCCCCGUUUCCCAGUCAACAAGGUCCCCGUUUCCCAGUCAACAAGGUCCCCGGUUCCCAGUCAACAAGGUCCCCGUUUCCCAGUCAACGAGGUCCCCGGUUCCCAGUCAACAAGGUCCCCAACCAUAAGACUGACUUACUCCCACACCGCCCUGCGAGAGUCUGGUCCACCUAAGUUUAGUUCACCUUAG